AUGGCGCUUAACGGGAACACCUCGACAGCGAUCCCUAAGACAAUGAAGGCCUGGUCCGUGGAGGGCACGAACGGUUUCGACAGCUUGACCUUCCACGCCGAGGCUCCCCUCCCCAAGCCGUCCGACUACGAGGUGCUAGUCAAGUUCCACGCCGUGUCACUGAACUACCGUGAUCUUCUUAUUCCGAAAGGACAAUACCCUUUCCCCUGCUCCCCUUCCAUGACCCCCCUCUCGGACGGCUCCGGCACCAUCCUCCAAUGCGGUCCAAAAGUAACCCGCUUCGCACCCGGCGACAAAGUCUGCACGCUCUUCCACCAAUCGCACCUUGGCGGUCCGCUCUCGCCUCCCCAUCUGGCCUCGGGUCUCGGCUCCGCUGUCCACGGCACUCUACGUCAAUACGGGACCUUCAACGAGAACGGUCUCGUCUCCAUGCCAGGGAAUCUGGGGUUCAGGGAGGCGGCCAGCUUGAGUUGUGCGGGUGUUACGGCUUGGAAUGCUCUCUAUGGGGUAGAGGGGAAGCAGGUGAAGCCGGGGAAUUGGGUGCUGACUAUGGGCACGGGGGGAGUGAGUUGUCUGGCGGUGCAGUUCGCCAAAGCUGCAGGAGCUAAAGUGAUAUCGACAACUUCGAAUCCUUGGAAAGUAGAUCUCUUGAGGAAGUUAGGAGCAGAUCAUGUUAUCAAUUACCGAGAGAUUGAUAAUUGGGGUGAGGAAGCGAAGAGGAUCACGGGUGGGGGAGGAGUGGAUUUUGUAGUUGAGGUGGGGGGACCGAGUACCUUUGCGCAAAGUCUCAAAAGUGUGAAAAUAGGUGGAUGCGUGACGGCAAUAGGGUUCGUCGGGGGGCCGGUAGCUGGUGCUAGUUUCUUGGAUAUCCUAGGCGCCCUGUGUACGGUGAGGUCUAUCUUAGUAGGCAGCAGAGACAUGUUCGAGGAGAUGAACAGGGCGAUUGAGCGCGCAAAUAUCAAGCCCCACGUAGAUGAAAAUCAUUUCACUCUGGAGCAAGCGAAGGAGGCGUACGAGUAUAUGUGGACGCAGAAGCAUUUUGGGAAGGUGGUUAUUAGUAUCGAUUGA